UUAGAUUUUUAGUUGAAACCUUUCUUUAUCAAAGCCAUGAAAGCAUUUUUAUUAGAGUUCUUUAUCGGAUUAAUUUUAGUGAAAAAUAGUGUUGAAUUUUCAAAUUCUGAUUGUGGAAUCAUCAACACAAAUCCAAUUACUGACCCAAUCCCUGGCAAAAUUGUCGGUGGUUAUGAUGUUGGAUAUUAUAAGUAUCCAUGGUUUGUUGGAUUACAGGCAAAAUAUGGAAAAAUCUUUUCUUGUGGUGGGACUUUAAUUACCAGACAACAUGUGUUAUCAGCAGCCCAUUGUUUUGUACCGAAUUAUCAACCACCAGAAAAAAUUUACGAUUAUUAUUUAGGUGUAACGGAUAAUUGUAAGCGUGAGGAACAUAAAGAUCGAAUCAAAAAAUUCACAUCAAAAUCAGUUGUUGUACAUGAAAAAUACUCAAAAGAUGGAGUUGUCUACGAUAUUGCUUUAAUCACUUUAGACGAAAAAGCAUAUGAGUUUACUCCAAUUUGUUUGCCAUUUAAAGUUUCUCUACCACGAAUAUCACGUGAAGCUUUAAUUAUUGGAUAUGGAUUGCGAAUACCUGAUAAUUCAUCGUCACUAGCAUGUGAGUUACAAGAAGCUAGAAUUCUGAUCUAUCCAUACAGCACAUGUGAGUCAAUGUUGGAGGGUCAUGAAAUUAAAACAGAGCAUAAGGAUACCUUAAUAUGUGCUGGUUAUAUAAAAGGAACAAUUGAUUCUUGCCAGGGAGAUAGUGGAGGCCCAUUACAAAUUAUGGGACAAAACAAUCGAAUGAUAUUAAAAGGAAUAACAUCGUUUGGUUGGGGUUGUGCCGAAGAAGAUUCGUUAGGUUUUUACACAGAUGUUAGCAAAUAUAUGAACUGGAUUGUAUCCAAAGUAAAUGGGCCUAAAUAUCCGGGAUACUAUACAAAUUAUUGGCCCUAUAGUUAUUAUCAAUAUUUACAAUGGUUCCAACAACCCAAAAAUGUUGAUUAA